AUGUCAAUCGAGCCCAGCAUAGAAACCCUCUCCCCUCAAGACGCCCACGUUGCCAAUGAAUCGCACUCCGACCACGGCGACGUCGUCCGAGACAUCAUCAUCGGCUUCGCCGAUGGCCUCACAGUUCCAUUCGCCCUAACGGCUGGAUUAUCAAGUCUCGGCAGUUCAAAACUCGUCAUCGUCGGUGGCCUUGCAGAACUAUUCAGUGGAGCAAUAUCGAUGGGACUGGGUGCGUAUCUAGCUGCUGUUACUGAUAGAGAGCACUUCAAAAAUGAGGCCGCGCGUGAAAGAAGGGAGGUUGCAGAGAAACCGGGGGCGGAGAAGGAGGAGAUUUUUGAUAUUUUUGCGGAGUAUGGAAUUAGUAGGGAGGCGAGCCAGGGGGUGGUGGAUUCUUUGGUCACGAAUGAGGACAAUUGGAUUAGGUUCAUGAUGGCGUUUGAACUCAGACUCGAAGAGCCGAAUGUCUCUCGAGCAUGGAUCUCGGCUGCAACAAUGGGAUUAUCCUACUUUAUCGGCGGCCUCCUUCCAAUGAUCCCUUACUUCGCAAUGACCAACGUAACCCACGCCCUCUUCGUUUCCAUCGGAAUCACAUUCGUCAUACUUGUCGCUUUCGGCUUUACCAAGAACUACAUCAUGAUCAAGACUACUCGCUCGGGGCUAUGGGGCGCUGUGCAGACGUUGAUUGUUGGGACGUUGGCUGCAGGAACGAGUUAUGGUAUUGUUUAUGGUAUUGAUCAUAGCAAUAUUGCUUGA